AUGGCUGCACCGCUCUCGGGCUUCACCCCGCUCCUGCUCUCGUCUCUGCUUCUCCACCUGCUUCUCCCCGGCCCUUUGUUCAGCCUCACCCCGGGGACGGGGAACACAGGAGGGGCUGCCGACCGAUGGACCCCGGGUCUCUGCUACCGAGACGCCGGUAAAGUGAGCCAGAAGCAACAGCAGCAGCGGCGGCGGUGCGAGGGACCAGGGGAGUCGCCGAGUGGCAGCUGGUAUCUACGCCCAGGCAGGUGGACCGUAGAGCGGAUACAGACUGAGGGAUGCUGUGGAGGGACGCGGGGAGGAGAUCAACGGGAUGGAGAGAGAGGGACACGGGAGGAGAGACUGAAAAGAGUCGGGACGGUUUGGAGGAGUGGAGACGAUCCUCCGGCACCACCACCACCACCUCCUCCUCCUCCUCCUCCUCUCCACCCAGGUAUUUGGAGCAGGUCGAGCUCGGAUGGCGUCUGCUCAGGAGAGGGAGUGGAGAAAGGGAGGGUGAGGAGGAAGGGCGUUGUUUCACCUCCCGCUUCACCUGCUUUCACCUCGUCGCCGGUUCAGAACGGAAAGAAACGGCCAGUACAAAGGACUAGAGCGUGCGCGCAUCGGUGUCCGGCGUCAAGGCCACACCUCACCAAACGUGGCGCCGCCGGAGCCUUUGUGCGCGCCUCUGGCCUGUGCAGGGCACCCGGAAGUGGAGGGAGGAGAGGGGGAGAGGUGUUGGAUACACGGUGCUCCCUGACACCUGAGCAUCUCUGCUGCUUCAGCCCCGACAAACGAGCCCCCUCCGCGGCCAACAGCCCCUCACCUGGCCCCGCGCCAACCGGUUGCUCUUGUUGCAUCCACCCUCUCUCUGGAUACAGUUCAGCACAUGAUGCGGCUCCAGACUCCACCUUCAGAUCCAACCCCCCCCUCACAGAGAGUCCGGACUGUAUCCAGAGGUCACACCUGGACCACACGUGUCUUUUCUCCUCUUGUGGUUCCUCCCAGACCCGCAGCACAGAGGAGGUCCAGCCUCCCCCAGCUCUCAGGAGCAGCGUGGCCUGUGACGGUGACGGGGGCUCAGCCAGCGUGGACAGGGGGGGCGGUAAUUGUUCUCAUUUGGGCAGGCACAAUGCUAUCGAUCCCAGCAGCAGAGGGGAGGGGGGUGGUGAGAGCUGUUUGAACGGGUGCAUGAGGGGAAAGGAGGAGGAGAGGGGGACGAGGAGUGGGGGAGGUGAGGAGGAGGGGGAGGAAGCGUACAGGUGUAACCCCGGUACCAGGGGGCACCUGGGUCGUUGUGGGCCCCCUCUCCAUGAUGGGAAAGCUGUGUGUAACCACGCCAGAAUUAUGGAAGGAGGGAGGACUGAGGAGGAGCUGCAGCCCCCGGCACAGAGCACACAGGCCCGGGGAGAGGGCAGGGAGGCUGCCGGUGGGGGCUUCGGUUGUUUGGACAGAAUAGAAACGGGGGGUGGAUAUGUGGCCGGGUUUAUGGUCCCCGGGGGAGGCGUAGCUCAGAGGAAUCUCCCCAUCCAAUUUACCCCCAGCAACACGACCGAAACGCGCGGCCGAUGUUUUCUAUCCGGCAAAAGCGCAAUUCCUAAAAUCUCAUCACACCCCUCUCCCCCUCCCCCCCACACACGGAACCAGACAGGAAGUAGAAAACUGUCCGAACCGUCUCGUGCUGAAGCAGGAGGAGCCACUUCAGAGCCGCCGCCUCCCGGUGACUCAGGACUUUCCCCCGGUAAAUCUCCCGGUGUUGAGUCUCUCUCUCUGCCUGAGAUCAACCUGACCACAUGGCGGGAGUACUCCCCACCUUCUGCUCACCCCCCCUCUGAGGAGGAAGGUGUGAUUUCAGCACCAUGGACAGCUCCCACUGACUCUGAGCGCGCGCUUCUGUGGAGCCAGUUCAACAGCAACAACAACAACAACAACGAGGGGGGGGCAGGUGACGGUCACAGUCACGAGUCUGAGGUACAGAACAGGAAGAGGAAUACUCCGUGGCGCGAACAGACAGAGGGGGGGCGAGCAGAGCGCGCGGACACCGUCUCCACCGACUGCUCCGUGCACGUGCAAUUAAAACCCGGAGGAAAAUUACAGGUGGGGGAGGGCGAAGGAGAGGCGCUGCUGAGAGGAGGGACAGAACCAGAGGGAGAGGAGGAGGAGGAGAGGGAAGAUGGAGUAACAAAGGCGAGUCAGGCAGAGGAGAGAGAGGCAGAGGGAGGGAAGGGUCAGGAUGGGGGCAAUAGCAGCACCAGCAUCUCACAGCCAGAGAGAGAGAGAGGGAAGAAAGAGAGCCGGGCGGAUGAAAGCCACGAGGGGGGAGAGGUGGAGGGAGAGGAGGAUGUGGGGAGGCCCAGCUCAAGGGGAGAGAGGAGCCUGGAGCGAGUGAUAAUAGUAGCAGAUGAUGAAAGCUCGCAGGGGGAGAGGGAGAGGAGGCUCCUGAUGCCCUGGCCUCGCUCUCGACGUGCCGCCAACAGACACCCCCAUUUCUCCCAGUACAACUACCAGGUGCAGGUGGCAGAGAACCAGCCCCCCGGCACCUCCGUCAUCGUCAUGGCCGCCUCCGACCCGGACCCAGGCGACGCGGGCAGAGUGAGCUUCAGCAUGGCUCCGCUGAUGAACAGUCGCUCCUCCGACUACUUCCACAUCCACCCAGACACCGGCCUCAUCACCACCACCCAGAUCCUGGACCGGGAGCACAUGGACCUGCAUUACUUCCGGGUCACGGCCACUGAUAACGGCUCCCCCCGCCUCUCCGGCACCACGAUGGUGGCCAUCACUGUGUCGGACCGGAACGACCACUCUCCUAUCUUUGAGCAGUCGGAGUACAGGGAGACCAUCAGGGAGAACGUGGAGGAGGGGUAUCCCAUCCUACAGCUCAGGGCCACAGACUCAGACUCCCCCUCCAACGCCAACAUCCGCUACCGGUUCAUCGGUGACACGGCGGCGAUUGCGCGAUCGGCCUUUGAGAUCGACCCGCGCUCUGGCCUCAUUACGACCCGGGGGGCGGUGGACCGGGAAACCAACGAGCACUACACUCUGCAGGUGGAGGCCAGCGACCAGGGGAAGGAUCCCGGUCCACGCUCCGCCACCGUCAAGGUCUUUAUCACCGUGCUGGAUGAAAACGACAACGUGCCUCAGUUCAGUGAGAAGCGCUACGUGGUGGCGGUGAAAGAGGACGUCCGGCCUCACUCUGAGAUCCUGCGUGUGAGCGCCACAGACCGGGACAAGGACAGUAACGCAGCCGUUCACUACAACAUCAUCAGUGGUAACAGCCGCGGGCAGUUCUCCAUCGACAGCGUCACAGGUGAGAUCCAGGUGGUGGCUCCUCUGGACUACGAGGCCGAACGGGAGUACACGCUCCGGGUUCGUGCUCAGGACAAUGGCCGCCCCCCCCUCUCCAACAACACUGGGAUUGUCAGCGUUCAGGUGACGGACGUCAACGACAACCCACCCAUCUUUGUCUCCACGCCGUUCCAGGCAUCUGUGCUGGAGAGCGCCCCGAUCGGUAGCUCCAUCCUCCACAUCCAGGCCAUAGACACAGACUCAGGUGAUAACGCCCGCCUGGAGUACAGGUUAACUGGCACCAGCUCCGACACGCCCUUCAUCAUCAACUCCGCCACAGGCUGGGUCACCGUCAGCUCCAUCCUGGACCGGGAGUCUGUGGAGCACUACUUCUUUGGCGUGGAGGCGAGGGACUACGGCAUGCCGCCUCUCUCCGCUACAGCCAGUGUCACUAUCACGGUGAUGGACGUCAAUGACAACCGCCCCGAGUUCCUACAGAAGGAGUACUACUCUCGCCUCAAUGAGGACGCUUCUGUGGGCACCAGCGUGGUGACUGUCACAGCGGUGGACCGUGACGUCAACAGCGCGGUGACCUAUCAGAUCACCGGAGGAAACACCAGAAAUCGCUUCGCCAUCAGCACAGCCGGAGGGGCGGGACUUCUCUCGCUUGCCCUCCCAUUGGACUACAAACAGGAGCGGCGUUACGUCCUGACGGUCACUGCCUCGGACCGCACACUCCACGACACCUGUCAGGUGCACAUCAACAUCACAGACGCUAACACGCACCGGCCUGUUUUCCAGAGCGCCCACUACUCUGUCAGUGUGAACGAAGACCGGCCUCCCGGCAGCACCGUGGUCGUGAUCAGCGCCACUGAUGAUGAUGUCGGCGAAAACGCCCGAAUCACCUACUUCCUGGAGGACAAUAUCCCACAGUUCCGCAUUGACCCAGCGAGCGGGGCCAUAACGCUGCAGGCGGAGCUGGACUACGAGGACCAGAUGACCUACACUCUGGCCAUCACCGCUAAAGACAACGGCAUCCCACAGAAAUCAGACACCACGUACGUCGAGGUGAACGUCAACGACGUCAACGACAACGCGCCUCAGUUCCUCAGCCCCAGGUAUCAGGGGACAGUGAGUGAAGACGCCCCUCCCUUCACCAGCGUCCUCCAGAUCUCAGCCACAGACCGCGACGCCCACGCCAACGGCCGAGUUCAGUACACCUUCCAGAACGGCGAGGACGGCGAUGGAGAUUUCACCAUUGAACCUACGUCCGGCAUCGUCCGGACUGUGCGGCGUUUGGACCGUGAGAGCGUGCCCUUCUAUGAGCUCACCGCCUAUGCCGUCGACCGUGGCGUGCCCCCUCAGCGGACCCCCGUCCACAUCCAGGUGACAGUUCUGGACGUGAAUGACAACGCCCCUGUGUUCCCCGCUGAUGACUUUGAAGUUCUGGUGAAGGAGAACAGUGCGGUGGGCUCUGUGGUGGCCCAGAUCACCGCCACCGACCCGGACGAAGGCGCCAACGCUCAGAUCAUGUACCAGAUCGUGGAGGGAAACAUCCCUGAGAUCUUCCAGAUGGACAUCUUCUCCGGGGAGCUCACGUCGCUCAUCGAUCUGGACUACGAGGCCCGAAACGAGUACGUGAUCGUGGUCCAGGCCACCUCCGCACCUCUGGUCAGCAGAGCCACGGUGCGGAUCCGACUGGUGGACCAGAACGACAACCGGCCCACUCUGCAGGACUUCCAGAUCAUUUUCAACAACUUCGUGUCCAACCGCUCCAACAGUUUCCCCAGCGGGGUGAUAGGGAGGGUCCCCGCCCACGACCCCGACGUGUCGGACCGGCUGUACUACACCAUCGACCGCGGCAACGAGCUUCACCUGCUGCUCCUGAAUCACACCAGCGGAGAGAUCCGACUGAGCCGAAAACUGGAUAACAACAGGCCUCUGGUGGCUCCCAUGCUGAUCUCCGUCACGGAUGGCGUCCACAGCAUUUCAGCCCAGUGUGUCCUCCGUGUCCUCAUCAUCACUGAGGACAUGCUGGGAAGCAGCGUCACCGUCCGUCUCCAGAACAUGUCCCAGGAGCACUUCCUGUCUCCGCUGCUGGGUAACUUCCUGGAGGGCGUGUCGGCGGUGCUCUCGGUGCCCGUCGAGGACGUUUUCAUCUUCAACAUCCAGCCCGACCUGGACGCGGCGCCGGGAGGGAUCCUGAAUGUCAGCUUCUCUGCCGCGCUACCGGGAGGACACUUCUUCCCCUCUGAAGCCCUGGAGGAGCAGCUGUACCUGAACAGGCCGAGGCUGACCUCACUCACACAGAUGGAGGUUCUGCCGUUUGACGACAACGUGUGUCUGCGUGAGCCGUGCCAGAACUACAUGAAGUGCAUCUCCGUGCUGCGCUUCAACAGCUCCGCCCCCUUCAUCUCCUCGCCCUCCAUUUUGUUCCGGCCCAUCCACCCCAUCGCGGGCCUACGCUGCCGCUGCCCGGUGGGCUUCACAGGCGAUUACUGUGAGACAGAGAUCAACCUGUGCUACUCCAACCCCUGCCUGAACGGAGGAGUGUGCGCCCGCAGAGAGGGAGGCUACACCUGCAUCUGUCGUGAGGACUACACCGGGGACCGCUGUGAAUUUGACCGGCGACAGGGCAGGUGUGUGCCAGGUGUGUGUCGUAAUGGAGGGACGUGCCGGGAGCUUUCAGGUGGGGGUUUCCGGUGCGAGUGUCCUGCAGGAGGAUAUGAGCGUCCAUACUGCACCGUCACCGCCCGCUCCUUCCCGCCCAAAUCCUUCGUCAUGUUCCGGGGCCUCAGACAGAGAUUUCACCUCUCCAUCUCAUUAACUUUUGCCACCCUGGAGAACAGUGGUCUGCUCUUCUACAACGGACGCUUCAACGAGAAACACGACUUCAUCGCCCUGGAGAUCCAAGAAGGACAAGUGGUUCUGAAGUACUCCACAGGUGAAUCUUCCACCCAGGUGAGUCCCUUCCUGCCUGGUGGUGUGAGCGAUGGAAACUGGCACACAGUUCACAUCCACUAUUACAACAAGCCUAAGCGCAGUAUGAGUGGCGAGGCCCAGGGUCCGUCGGAUGAGAAGAUCGCUGUGGUGAGCGUUGACGACUGUGACACAGCCUUGUCGCUUCGCUUCGGGACACAGCUGGGAAACUACAGCUGUGCAGCUCAGGGAAAACAGACCAGCAGCAAGAAGUCUCUGGACCUGACUGGUCCAUUGUUUCUGGGCGGAGUUCCCAACGUACCAGACAACUUCCCGUUUGGCACCAGGGAAUUUAUCGGCUGCAUGAAGGAGCUGCACAUCGACAGCAAGCCGCUGGACUUGGCCGGAUUCAUCGCGAACAAUGGAACAAUUCCCGGCUGCAGUGCCAAGCUGCCCUUCUGUAAGUCCAGCCCCUGUCAGAACGGAGGAACCUGCAGGGUGAGCUGGGAGACGUUCUCCUGUGACUGCCCCCUGGGGUACGGAGGGAAGGACUGCAGCCAUGUGAUGCCACACCCCCACCGCUUCCUGGGAAACAGCGCCCUCUGGUGGGACCUGAAGAACGACGUGACCAUCUCCACGCCCUGGUACCUGGGCCUGGUGUUCAGAACCAGAGCACGAGAGGGGACGCUGCUGCAGGCUCAGGCCGGCCAGUACACCAGCCUGCUGUUCCAGGUGAUAAACGGUCAGCUGGUGUUCUCAGUGACCCGCGGUUCGACCCGGCCGGUGCGUCUGCGGUUGGAUCAGGUUCAGGUGGCAGACGGUCGGUGGCACGACCUCCAGUUGGAGCUGAGAGACGUUCGCAGCGGCCGUGAGACGCGCUACGUCGCCACGCUGCGGCUCGACUUCGGACUCUAUCAGGGAACAGUGAUAGUGGGAAACGAGAUUCAUGGUUUGAAGGUGAAACAUCUGCAUGUGGGAGGAGUUCUGGGCUCAGGAGAGGUUCAGAACGGGAUAAGAGGAUGUAUACAGGGCGUCCGGUUGGGUGUACGGCCUGAUGCCCCGCCCCUGCCCCGCCCAUCAAAAACUGUCAAAGUGGAGACUGGCUGUAACGUUGGCAACCCCUGCGUCUCAUCUCCUUGCCCCGCCCACAGCCGCUGUUCUGACCAAUGGGAGCGGCACACCUGUGUCUGUGAACCUGGUUACUAUGGGAGAGGCUGCACUGACGCCUGUCACCUGAAUCCAUGUGAGAACGAUGCUCAGUGCCACAGGAAGCCAAGCUCCUCCCACGGAUACACCUGUGACUGUGGAGACAACCACUACGGCCAGUACUGCCAACACAGGAUUGAUCACCAGUGUCCCAGGGGGUGGUGGGGCUCUCCGACCUGCGGACCCUGUCACUGUGACACCAACAAAGGUUUUGACCCCGAUUGUAACAAGACAAGUGGACACUGUCACUGCAAGGAGUUUCACUACCGUCCGCGGGGCUCUGACACCUGCCUGCCAUGUGACUGCUACCCGGUCGGCUCCUUCUCGCGCUCAUGUGACCCAGAAACCGGCCAGUGUCAGUGCAGGCCUGGCGUGAUUGGUCGCCAGUGCAACACAUGUGACAACCCGUUUGCAGAGGUCACGAACUCAGGCUGUGACGUCAUUUAUGACGGUUGUCCAAAGACCAUCACUCAGGGGAUCUGGUGGCCUCGGACCAAGUUCAACCUUCCUGCUGCAGUGCCCUGCCCCAAAGGCUCAGUCGGUGCAGCCAUCAGACACUGUGAUGCAGAGAGAGGAUGGCUGGAGCCAGACCUUUACAACUGCACCUCUCCUCCGUUUGUGGAGCUGAAUGUUGCUCUCGAUUCCCUGGAGCGUAAUGAGACGGAGCUGAACACCAUCAUGGAGAAGAAGCUCGCCCACCAGCUCCGUGACGUCACCGAGGCGACCGCGCGUCUCUACGGCAACGACCUACAGAUCGCCGAGCGAUUGCUUUCCCGCCUCCUGACCUUCGAGACCCAACAGAGCGGCUUCGGACUCACGGCCACUCAGGACGCACAUUUCAACGAGAAUGUCCUGCGAGGCUCCAGCGUUCUGUUGGGUCCCAGCACCUCUGGCCUGUGGCGGGCUCUCGCUCACAGUCAGAACCACAUCCCGGGCGGUGGUCCGGCCGAGCUGACGGAGCUGCUGGAGCAGUACGCCCAGACUCUGGCCCAGAACAUGAAGCUCACCUACCUCAACCCUGUGGCGCUGGUCGCUCCCAACAUAGUCAUGAACCUGGACCGCGUGGAGAACCACACCCACGUGCGGCGGCGUUUCCCUCGUUACCACACCACCCUGUUCCGUGGUCAGGUUCUGUGGGACCCCUACACCCAUGUGAUCGUCCCCCCCGCCGCCCUGGUGCCUCAACGACAGCAGCACGCCGCUCCUGCCCCCGUCAGCAUCUCAGCCAAUCAGACAGGAGAAUACACCGCAGCCAGACGCACCGUUUCCCUACCGGAGCCGCCCAUCACCAUCGUCAUCAUGUUGAUCUAUCGAAGUCUGGGAGCCGCCCUCCCCCCCAAGUACCACACUGACCGGCGAGGAGUGAGGCUUCCCAGACACCCCGUGAUGAACUCGCCCGUGGUCACGCUCUCCGUCUACAACAACCAGACGUUUGUGGGCGGACACUUGGACCAGCCCAUCCUGCUGGAGUUCAAGCUGCUGGAGACGGCCAAUCGCAGCAAGCCACUGUGUGUGCAGUGGAACCACAGCAGCCCGUAUGAGCCAGGAGGCUGUUGGACGGUGAGGGACUGUGUCGUGGUCUACAGGAACACGUCUCAUGUCCGCUGUCAGUGUCAGAGACUGGGGACGUUCGGUGUGCUGAUGGACAGUUCACAGAGAGAGCAGCUGGAGGGAGACCUGGAGACGCUGGCUCUGGUCACGUACUCCUCCCUGUGCGUCUCCAUGCUGGCCCUCCUCCUCACCGUCCUGGUGCUCUCCUGCCUCCGAGGCCUCAAGUCCAACACCAGGAGCAUCCACUCUAACACAGCGGCGGCCAUGUUCCUGUCGGAGCUGGUGUUCCUGCUCGGGGUCAACCAGACUGAACAGCAGUUUCUGUGCACCGUCGUCGCCAUCCUGCUUCAUUACUUCUUCAUGUCCACCUUCGCCUGGAUGUUCGUGGAGGGUCUUCAUAUCUACCGCAUGCAGACGGAGCAGCGCAACAUCAACUACGGAGCCAUGAGGUUCUACUACGCCAUCGGCUGGGGCGUUCCCGCCAUUAUUACAGGUCUUGCUGUGGGCCUGGACCCAGAGGGUUACGGGAACCCAGACUUCUGUUGGAUCUCCAUCUACGACAAACUCAUCUGGAGCUUCGCUGGUCCGAUCGCCAUCGUCAUACUGAUGAACGGGGGGAUAUUCAUGAUCGUAGCCAAGAUGUCCUGCAACCCGUCGCAGAAGGAGACCAAGAAGCUUCCUGUCAUUGCUACCAUCCGUAAUGCCUUCCUGCUGCUGCUGGUUGCCACCUCCACCUGGCUGUGUGGCCUCAUGGCUGUGAACAACAGCAUCCUGGCUUUCUACUACAUCUUUGACGUCCUGUGCCUCGUGCAGGGUCUGUCGGUGAUGCUGGUCUUCACUGUGUUUAACUCGGAGGUCCAGGAGGCCUGGAGAGUGGCCUGUCUGGGUAAGAAGAGUCCUGGAGAAGACCCACCCAGACCUCCUCAGGGCACAGCUCAGAAUCCAUAUCAUAAUGCAUCUCUGCUGGAGCAGAGCGGGCUGCACCGCAUCACCCUGGGAACCUCCACCAUCUCCUCCGUCAGCUCGGCCAGAGAAAAUCUUUUGGCUCGUCAAACUCUGGAACAAAACAUCGUCCACACUGGAGCCACGGACCUGGAUGUAGCCAUGUUCCACAGAGACGGAGGUACACACACACACACACACACACACACACACACACACACACACUAGUGACACAUCCUCCAUUUCCUUUUCUUUUCCUCUUGUGAGGACUCGGACUCGGACUCAGACCUCUCCAUGGAGGAGGAGCGCAGUCUCUCCAUCCCGUCCUCUGAGAGCGAGGACAACGUGCGACUCCGUGGACGCAUCCAGCGGCGAUUCAAACGUUCCAACCACAGCGAGCGUCUGCUCACAGAGCCCGCCCACAACGGCACCAAAGAUCUGGACGGAAACGACCUUUUGUCCUACUGGCCAGCGCUGGAGGAGUGUGACACACACACCCUGCAGAAGUGGGGCUCGGAGCGCCCCCUGGGGGCAGAUUACAGCAAGGACGCUGCCAACAACAACCAGCUGGAUGCAGCGCUGACCAGUGGAGACGAGAACGGCCUCACGCAGCCGCACAGACACCGCAAGGGGAUCCUGAAGAACCGUCUGGGCUGUCCUCCGGCGCUCCAGGGUCUCUCCACCAUGGGCCGAGUCCCCAGUGAGCUCAACUGGUACAGAACCUCUACUCUGGGCCACCGAGGCGUUCCCGCCGCCUCCUACGGUCGGAUGUAUUCUGCCACAGCGGGCGCCAGCGGAGGAACCGGUUCUCUGUCUCAGCCGGCGUCCCGCUACUCCUCCAGGGAGCACCUGGACUCUCUGGCCCGGAGGCAGCGCUCCAGGGACAACCUUGAUCUCUUACCCAGGAGGAGAGAGCUGGGGCUGGGGGGCCUGGGCCUGGAGCACCAGCGAGUCUCUUCAUCCAGGGAGAACUUGACAGGAUCCAGGGACAGACUGGACAACCACCACACCGGCAGCGUCCACGCCUCAAGGGAGGACUUGAGCGGCGCUGUGGGGGCGGGCAUGGAGGGGGGGUACCUCAGCGGGUCCAGGUCGCAGCUCAACACGCUGACUCGGCGGCACGCCUCGUCCCGGGAGCACCUGGCGGGGGCGAUGAUGAGCAGCAGGUCGAGGGAGCAGCUGGACACCAACGGAGGGGGGGCUCAGGCUCAGCCGUGUCGGGAGUGGCUACGCACUCUGCCCCCCCGCCAGCCCUCACACCCCGACCAGCCCCCCUCCUCCUCUCCUCCUCCUCCCAUCUCGGAGGAGCCCCAGCAGGAGCAUCUCCCUCCCUCGGCUCACGUCAGAGGUCGACUGGACUCCGCCCCCCCGUGUAGGUACCCAGGUCAGACUGCCCCCCCCCUGGGCCGACAGCCGUCGAGUGAACACCUGGACAUCCUGUCCUCCAUCCUGGCUUCCUUCAAUUCCUCUGUCCUCACUCCUCCCCCUGCCGCCUCUAACCCCGGGCCUAAUGGCUCCGCCCACGGACCCUCCCCCUCCCCGCCACAGUCCGCCACCUCCCACAGCAUAUCUGAAGUGUCCCCAGACUCUGAAGCCAACAGAAGUGAAGGACAGUCUUGA